GUCAAUCAUGGGGUUUUCCAUGUUUAUCGUGCGAAGCGACUAUAGCCAUGGAGAAAGAGAGUCGAUUUAACCGACGGUCGACGAAUAUUGACAGUUGAAGGGACCGUUUUUGAAUUCGACGGAACGAUGCCCAGGCCGUCGCGAGACUCUUACGGUGACCAGAAGCCGCCUUAUUCCUACAUCUCGCUGACCGCAAUGGCGAUAUGGUCUUCACGUGACAAAAUGCUGCCACUGGCAGAAAUCUAUAAGUUUAUCGGAGACCGGUUUCCGUACUACAGAAAGGACACGCGUCGGUGGCAAAACUCACUCCGACACAAUCUAUCGUUCAACGAUUGUUUCAUCAAGGUACCUCGAGGUCCUCACCGUCCCGGAAAGGGCGCGUACUGGGCUCUGCAUCCGGAGGCGCUAUCAAUGUUUGAAAACGGUUCCCUGCUCCGUCGGCGAAAGCGGUUCAAGCUGCACAAGCCGGACAAAGAGCUUCUAAACUCCGAGCUACAGGCACUAGCCUCGACGUUUCCGUCCACGGCGACGACGGAAGCCAUGUCCCGAGCAUCCUCGACCGGAGGCUUGAGCGCGGCGAACCUCCACCGACUGAAGGAAGACCUCCUCCAGUGGGAGAUGCAGGAGAAGCAGAUGAUGGCGGCAGCGACGGCAUCGGGAUCCGCCGGCUACGCCUUCCCAGGAGGCAACCACGACGCUACCGGCUUCUACUUCAUCUCGCCAGAGGCGCAGCAGCGACUCGGAGGAUCUACGGCGCACCUCCAGCCCUCCGACCAGCGCCCUGAAAUCACGACUCGGUCCUCCUGGGCCUGGGACUUCACGGGUCUCUCGACCUCCGCCUACGUUCAUUCGAUGCAGCCCUUCCUUGUUCCGCACCAACAGUCGCUCCCCGAUCGACCCGAGGUCGAUAUCCGCCUCCAAACCGCCAAUUCUGGCGUCCAGCUUCCCCUUGGUCCGGAGGAUCACCGUCUUAUCAGGAACGCCGCCUUCGCCAGGAGCUUCGAAGCCUCGACGCAUCAGGAGGCGGCCAACGAGCGCAGAGAACGCUUUCCCAAACACCGAAAGGAGAACCAACAGCGUCAGCAGCACCUCACCAAGCCUGGGCUCCAGCAGCCAGCCGAGUUCUUCACCGGACUUCAGGCUUCGCCAACUGAGGGCGCUGCCGCUGCGAGGGCGCCACUGUACAGCCCGGCAUCUCCGCAAGGUGGCGCCACUACGGUUAUUCAGCCCUGCGAGGGAAAGAAGCGAAAAAAGAAACCCUUCACUAUUGAGAACAUCAUAGCACCCGACAACGACGAUGUGGAAGAUACUACGGCUCUCGAACGGCGUGGAAUUGCCGGAAAGGCUAGACCUUUUGCUCCCAGGCCGUUGUAUGCCGGGUUUGCACAGAUUCAACCUCUUGCUUUGACCGCUUCCGGGAUUCAGAAGCAUCCCGGAUAUUGAUUGUGGUUCGUUAAU